AUUUGAAGUAUAAUGCAACAAUCCUCACCUAAAAGAUUAAAUGAAAAAGUAAUAUAAUUUUAAUAAUAAUAUAUAGAGAGGUUCAAUAAUAAAGUAACCUAAUGAUUCACCAACAAUAAGUCCAUCCUAAUUGAUAAAAAUGAAUUCAAUUGAUUUACAAAAUCAAAAUCCUUUAGAAAUUAAGAUGGUACUGGUUGUCUAUAAAUGAAGUUUAAAGUAGAAAGAUAGAAUCCAAGGACAGGUAAUUUGAUAGCAGAAGAUCAUGAAGAUGAUAUUUCAUAUUAAGGAGAUAUUCCAAAAAAAUUAGAAUAAAAAUAAAAGAGCGAACUUUAAAAAGAAUAUUAAAUGUCUAAGGUUGAUUAAUAAAGAGAUUCUUAUAGUCCAGAUAAAUCUAUGACUAAUUCUUUAAUAAUAAGUGCUUAUCCAAGUAUCUUGUCGAACUUUGAGUUUUAAUAAUAAUCUACAUUUCUUAUUUCACCAAUAUAACAAUAAGGAAUUGUUUAGUGUGCUUUUUAGAUUAACAAAUCAGGAUUUAAUACUUUUAGACCAAAAUUUUAUUUUCUGAAAGAUAAUUAAUGUUUUAUGGCAGCGAAAAAGGUUGGAGAUAAAUAUUUGAUUAGUACAGAUAAGGAAAUUAUUGAAAGAAAAUCUCCUUAGUUUAUUGGAUAAGUCAGUUGUAAAAAAAAUAAUAAAUAUUAUUUUUAUGAUACAGGAUUGAAUCCUAAGAGAAAAAAGGAACCAUUUAGAAAAUGUUUAGGAGAAUUAAAGAUUUGUGCAAUUCCAAAAUCAAAUGAACCUAGAUAACAAUGCGUAUUAAAUUUAUAAUAAUUUAUAGUUUAAAUUUGAUAUUGAUUCAAAUAAUGAAUUUGUUAAUAGAAAACCAAAAUGGGAUCCAAAAUUUUAGACUUUUAUUCUUAAUUUUUAUGAGAGAGUUAAAAUGUCUUCUAUUAAAAAUUUUUAAAUAAUUUUGAAAGAUGAAAUGCCUGAAAAAAUAUAUCUAUAAUUUGGAAAAUGGGAUAAACACUAUUUUAAUUUAGAUAUUUCAGCACCAUUUAGUCCUUUGAUUGCAUUUAUGAUUGCAUUAAGUAAUUAUGAUCAAAAAUUACAAGUUUGAG